UUGGGACCAAGGAUGAAAUUCUUAUUUUGUUGUCUGCGUUUGCGGCAAAGGCAGAUUUCCUCCGAAGCUGUCAACUUGCAGUUAUGCCACUCCAGUUCUUUGUUUUCACGGACAUUACGAGAACGGUCAUAGCAAACUGCUCCGAGCCCGCAGACCCUCGCGGCGAGCUUCCCUUCUCCUGGCCCCAGCGGAAGCGGGAAGCCGAUCAGAGUUCAGAAGCGACGGCCAUGGCGAGCGCCGCGCUACCACGGCCGGACACAGAGCCGCCCGAGUGCCCCGUGUGCCUCUCCCCCUUCGAUGCCGCCUCCGUCGUGCCUCGCGUCCUCCCGUGCGGCCAUUCCCUCUGCGGCUCCUGCAUCUCCUCCCUCCCGCCCGCCUCCGCGUCGGCCGGAGCCUCCUCUCUCCGCUGCCCGCUCUGCUCGCAGUGCGUCCCCUUCUCCCGAGCCCUUGGCCCCUCUUCCCUCCCCAAAAACCUUGCCCUCCUCUCCUUCCUCCCCUCGCUCCCCAACGCAUCCCCAGCCAGCACAGCCGCCGCCGCGCAUCCUCGCCCACUCCCGCUCCAUGCCGCCCACUCCGGCCUCCUCGCCCGCUUCCGCCACGCAAUCCUCCCUGAGUCCGCCUCCCCGCUCAGCUCCGCGCCGCCUGGUCCCGCUCCCACCGGCCUCGCGGUCGGGUCGAUCGCCUUCGACCUCGGCGCCCCCUGGUUCUGCUUGCGGGGCGAACCCGUCAGCCUCCUCCCGGUUGAAGCCCCAGCCGGCGGGCCACCGGCGCAGGAGGCCGCGUUCUACCGGCCCAGCCACGCGUCGAGGGUCGUCGCCGUGAUCGACGCGCUGAGCGGUGGGGCGAAGGAGGAGGUAAUCAAUUUGGUGGCCGCCUCGGCGCGAUUGGCGCGGCGGGUGUGCAGGGUUUUCGGCGUCUGGAUGGGGCCCGAGGUGGCAACGCUUUGGCUGGUCUCUGAACGGCACACGCGCCGAGUACCCCGCUUGUUGGAUGAGACGACCAACGGACUGGACAUGGUGGCUCGGAUCAGAGCUUUUGGAAUGGAGGUGUGUGAAGCGCUCAUGGAAUUGCAAGGCGAGGGGCUGGUUCUUGGGUGCCUCCGGCUGGACUGCUUCUGCCUUGAUCGCUUUGGGCGCUGCCUGCUCAACUUGAAUGAGGUAUUGGUCUUGUGCCGUGGAGUCCGGGCAGGGCUUUGCUUGACCAAGGGUGGGGCUUUGGUUGCUCCCGAGAUGGCGGCGGUUCUGAGUGAUGCGACAAGGAUGAGGAGUCGUGAUUUUGAUGGUUUGGUAGGGCAUAAUUCAGAUGUCUGGUUGCUGGGUUGUAUAUUGGUGGCCUUUGUUACUGGAGAUGAGCAGCUCGCGGCCAGGUGGGACACGUAUGGAUCACAUGAUGAUUGGCAGAAGGAAGUGCUAACGAGGCUUGGCGCUGUAUUGAUUGGUACGCAGCUGGAACCAUUGGUGGCAAUUACAGCAUCUUGCUUGAGCUAUGACCCAGAAGAACGUCCAGAGAUUUCAGAUGUUUGGAAAUGCAUUAGAGGCUCAUGGAUGAAACCUGCGAGUGAUGCUUUGGCUGCUAUGGAUGGUCUUGCAGCUCAGAAGGGGUUACGAUGUUUGCUCCUCGGGGAGUUAUCCUCAAUGUACUCUGGCCCAGGUGCUAUUGAGUCGGAUGAUAAAAUGCAGUCCUCUCGAGGUUCUGAUGACGAAAUUUUGACUCCGGAUGAUGAAAGAAAUCAUGGUUGCAUGAACAAUGAGACAGUUUGUGCAGCAGAAAUUAAUGAGCCACAGCGUGACGGAGUGUUUAAAUCUUUAACUCUGCUUGCUCACCGUGACUGUGUCACAGGAUUGGCAAUUGGAGGGGGUUUCUUGUUUAGCUCUUCUUACGAUAAAACAAUCAAUGUAUGGUCACUCCAGGACUUCUCUCAUGUGCAGACUUUGAAGGGUCAUGAACACAAAAUCACAACAAUAAUUGCUGUUGACAAUGAUAACCAGUCUCUUUGUAUAAGUGGAGACAGCGGCAGCGGAAUUUUUGUAUGGCAUGUUGAUACCUCUCUCAAGCAAGAACCUUUACAUAAUUGGCAUGAACAUAAUGAUUGGAUCUAUCGAGGUGUUCACUGUUUAGCUGUUUCUGGAACCGGUUAUCUUUAUACAGGCAGUAGAGACAAAUCUAUUAAGGCUUGGUCACUGGAGGAUUAUUCACUUUGCUGCACUAUGACAGGCCACAAAUCAACUGUGUCUUGCCUUGCAGUUGCUAGUGGUAUUCUUUAUAGCGGAAGUUGGGAUGGUACUAUUCGAUCAUGGUGGCUCACUGAUCACAGCCCGUUGUCUGUACUGGAAGAUAAUACACCAGGAAGCACAGCCCCUGUGUUGUCAAUUUCAACAGAAGUUAAUUUCGUUGUUUCAUCACAUGAAAAUGGCUGCUUGAAGAUCUGGAAGGAUGAUGUCCUUGUUAAAUCAGAAAAAAUUCAAAAUGCUUCCAUUUACGCAGUUAAAUUGAAUGGUAAAUGGCUCUAUACUGGUGGAUUGGGUAAAGUCAUAAAUAUUCAGGAAUUACUGGAAGAGGAGUCAGAGGUGGAAAUCAGAGAUGUCGCCUCCAUUGCUUGUGAUUCAGUUGUAACUUCAAUAUUGUAUUGGGAUGAAAGGCUGAUAGUUGGAUUUUCUAAUAGGGAAAUUAAGGUUUACGACAAGGGGUCUUAAAUCUAAAUCAGGAGCUGCUAAUCAUUUGUUACUGCUACGUGACUUUGUGGCCCUUGUAUAUAUUGUGAAAUGUGAAUAGCUCACUUUACAGUCAGUGUGGCAAAGAAGUGCUUCAUGGGAACGUAACAGACGAAUUAUGACACAUGUUUCUUGAAGUUGAAGCGAGCUGCAAGUUAGAUUAGAUUUUUGCGAUGCGUUAUAUAUUGCCUAUCAAAAAAAUAGAAAAAACAAAGUACUUUUAUAAUUGUAUUUGUGUGUAUAAAAGGCCCCUCUUUAUUAUCA